AUGGCCAUCAAGGUACCCCCCGGUCAGUCGCCGCCUUUCCAGACGAUAGACGACAAACACCAUGCCGGUAUUGUCAUUAUAGUCGCCGCAAUCUGCCUAGUAAUAUCACUGGUCUGUCUACUGAUCCGGGUGUACGUGCGGGUAUUCCUCAAUCCACCAUGGGGAUCAGACGAUAUCAUUUUAUUAGGAGCGACGAUCUCCGCCAUCGCCGAGUCCAUCAUCAUCUUUCAUGCUGCGAGCAUCGGUUUCGGGACGGACAUAUCGCUGCUCACUGAGAAGGCCGUCAAUCGCAUACAAGAUUCCCUCCUCGGCGCGGACAUUCUCUACCUUUUAACCCUGUACCUCUCGAAAUGCUGCAUUAUCGCCAUUUACUUGCGCCUAACGCCGCGCAGGCGCCACAAGAGCAUCCUCUGGGCGACGUUCGGGCUCAGCACAGUGGGGAUUAUCGUAUCAGUGCUCCUUAUCGCAGUCGAUUGCGAGGGGAACAAGCCUUUGGUUGUACCUGGCGAGCAAUGUCAUAACCUGUUUCCCCGCUGGCAAGCAAUCACCGCGCUCGACAUCUCGACCGAAGUAUUAUUAUUCACGUUCUGCAUCGCCCUGGUCUGGGGUCUACAGAUGCACGUCUCACAUAAAAUCGUGAUCAUGGUAUCCUUCGCGGCGAGACUACCAUUGAUAAUACUCUCCGCCCUCCACCUCUCCGCUCUCAAAGAAUAUGCCACCGAGGAGAACCCAACCUUUACCGCAAUCAGCCACACUGUCUUCACUCAGCUCCACCUCAACUACGCUCUGAUAGCAUGCACAGUUUUCUGUCUGCGCCCUUUUAUGAACGCCCUGACAACUCAUUACGGUACAGCCGGCGACUCCAACCUCGGCAGUAGCAGCGGCGGCUACGCGUCUGGUUCUAGGAGACGGGGGGAUACAGACCCCUACGUUUCGGGGAGGUCGCGUGAUUACGAGAUGGGGACUGUGAAGGGAAGGCCCGGGCACCGGGCGAGUGGGCUGUUCAACAAGCGGCCGGAUGUGGGCGAUGGGACGGAGAAUGGGACGGUUGUUUGUGAGGCUGCGGGGCCGUCCCAUUCGGGGGAAGGGAGGUCCGAAAGGGAUGGGGGCAGUACGCGUAGUGGGAGUGAUGGGAGUACGAGGAUGAUUAUUCGGAAGGACGUGGAGUAUUCUGUUUCUGUGGGGCAUUCAUAA